AUGAAAGCGCCAAGUUUAAUCGCUUACGCGGUUAACAUUUACGGAUUAAGGUUAGACCCCAUCUAUGUCCUUGUCAUCAGUCGACGGAUUGUAAAGCGAGUAGCUGAUUUGACAAACGAAGAGGCGGCGGAUCUUUUUUGCUCAUCAAGACUGAUAGGCAAAGUGCUUGAGCAGAAAUACAAUGCCUUGUCUUUGACGUUUUCCGUACAAGAUGGCGAAUUUGCUGGCCAAACUGUGCCACAUGUUCAUAUGCAUAUAAUCCCGAGAUAUCCAAACGACUUUCAACCCAACGACUUAAUUUACAACAUCAUUGAGGGAAAAGCCAAACCCAAUGUCUACACGAGCAGCCUUGGCAAGCUGGACACCAGCCUUUCCCCAAAUCGGGAGCUUACAUUCGUUUCCUCUCAAAAGGAACUUUGUGAUGUUGAAAAUAACCGCGCCAUUCCAAGGUCAGCUGAGGAAAUGGCUUCAGAAGCUUCUUGGUUGGCGACGUUUUUUGCCAAUAAAUGA